AUGGCGUCGGUUUGCGAACUUCCGGUCGAGAUCAUCCUGGUGAUCGCGAAGCACAUCCUGAAGCUCUCAGACCUCGUCGCCUUCUCGGCCGCGAAUCGUCGUCUGCAUGCCAUAUUGAUGAACAGUCCCGUACUCUUCAGUAGGGUUAACAUUUUCGUCCGUAGAGAUGCUCUCUUCUGGGCUGCUUACUCGGGUCAGACGAGGAUAGCGAGGCUCAUUCUGGACACCGGCGUCGACCCGAAUUUCUAUCGGCUUGGUCCCAUAGGCGCCUGGUCCGGCCGGAACCAAUACUACCCGUUCAAGCACCGGGGCAGCACCAACAUGCGGGAAUCCAUCGCCCCGGUCUCUACCCCGUAUUCUGUCCACAUAGCUCUCAAGAUUGAUGGCACCCUCCGGUCCUAUUGGCAGUCUCACCUAUUCCGAGGAGGCUGGUGGGCCACCCCGCUGCACCUGGCCGCGUACAUGGGACACGAUGACAUCGUAGGUAUGCUGAUCGAGAAAGGCGCAAAUCUCAGUCUAUCCUCGCUCGGAAUCUGCCGAUGUACGAAGCCGGAUUUUUUUCCCCAGAAUCUGCCAGCGGGCGAGAUUCUCCCCGCCGCGUUGCCGCCUUGGUCCGCAUUGCACCUCGCCAUCUGUGGCCGGCAUAUAUCUACAGCCCAGUUUAUCAUUAGCCGCAACGCUCCCUUGCACCAGACCUCACAGCUCUGGCCUUUUAGGGAGGACAGUCGUUCCACGGCCCGGGGCCUCUUGACUGCACUUGGCGCCGCAUACCGGUAUGGCCGUCGGGUUCUCAAGUCGCUAGUUGGCGCGAGAGACGCUUCCCGCAAGACGGCACUCGAUUACUAUCGGCAUUGGAAUUGCUACCAGUGGCUGAUUGCGAAAGAAUGGAUUAUCCAGCAACCAAAUAGUAAUCAUUCUCUACAUCCAGAUUGGCACCACUGCUCUUCCGACGCCUGUAGACUUAUUUCCUACGGAAUCGACGUCCAAGCAGCAUGGAGUAGCACCCGAGGGAAACCACUCAUUCAUGUCUGUCUUCAACAACUAUGGGGGCCAAUACCAGAUUGGCGCAGUGGCUGCGUUUCCUUGAAGAAGUCCGACAGGGAUUUCGUGGAAAACGGCCUGCUUCUCCUGAAGAUGCUCAUAACCAAUGGGGCCAAUAUCGAAGAAAGGGAUCAGCAUGAUCACAACACUACCCCUCUCAUUGUCGCAGCUCGGAACGGCGCGUCGUCGGCCGUGAAUUUGCUAAUAUCACACGGCGCGGAUGUCAAUGCGGCAGAUGAUAAGGGCUAUACAGCUCUCCAUGGAGCUUGUGUAAGUCUAAAUAUGGAUAUUGUCACUAAGCUUGUCGAAAACGGGACCCGGAUAGAUGCGACUACUAACACGGGGAUGUCUCCUCUCUGCACGUUGUGUCUCGUCGCCGGCGUUGAUCAGUACCAUCAGUCGCUGAACAUAAUACAAUUGCUUCUCAGUCAUGGCGCCAACCCUAUGCUUCGCGUUGACCCCUCUAGCAUGCGCAGGUCUCCCUUGGAGAUUGCGCUCAUGCGGUCGAGAUCAAGUGCAGCCGAAUUGCUCCUAUCAAGCUGCGACUCUACAUCAAGCGACGAGGGGGUCAUCUGGUCCCUAUUUGCAGCGGUACUCGUAUCCCCCGACCCUACUUGCCUUAAGCUGGUCCUGUCGUUUGACAAGCAGAGGAUCAUCUUAACAAGCGACCAAUCUCUCCUCCGCCUCCUUAGAAGCAGUAGAAACACGUCUGAGAUAGCGAUUCUUCUUCUUGACGAAGGUGCCCCGUGCGAUGGGGCCUGCGCGGAAAAUGGCGGAAAUACUAUCUUCUGGGCCGUUCAGAAUCAAAAAGGGGACGCGCUGCUGAGACGACUCUUAGGCGGCGGCGCAAAUCCUAACGUCAUCUUCGAGAGCCAGGCGAGGAGACGCUGCCCGCUGUUCCAAGCUUUGCAAUUUAAGGACCAAAGGAAGAGGAGAACAUACGUCAAGCUCUUACUAGAGUAUGGGGCUAGUAUCGACCUUAGUCUUGGUCCCAGUGACGACUUUGCUUCGUCUUGUUUACGCACAGCGCAUCAUAGACUGCUUCGCAAGAUCGAAAGCGUAAGCGAUCUCCUGUUUGACGCUCGACACCUUCGGGGUGUACCUGAGAUCCAGCAACUGUUAUAUCUGAACUUGGCGUGCAAGUUGACACACGUGAGGAUUUUACACACGCUGCUAUCAGCUGUGUCUGAUGCUACGGCUCGGAAAUUCAGGACUAGGCCCACAGAUGCAAUUCCCCUUGUAUCGCUUCUGGACGUCACUGGAUACCCCAGGGGCGCCAAUCUCACGGUAGACCAUAUGGACAUGGCCAUCGAUGCAGUACUCCUUUUCACCCAGGGUCGCGCGGGUUGGGCCUCGGCACACUUUGAUGAUCGGCGUCGCAAUGUCGACAUCCUGCGGAAUCUCAUGGCCGUGACGGUUAGCAGUACCCCGACGAGUAUCGGCGCCGCUUGGUGCUUGAGAAGAAGGGUUAGCAUUGCCGGCACGGGCAAUGAGCGUUGCGAAGUCACAAUAUCUGCGACGUUAGAUUCAAUAAGAUACCCACGAGGGAUGAAGCUACACGACUUAGGCCUCAGGAUUCGGAAGACGUCCAAUAUAUAUUGAGAGGGUACGGAUAUCAUCGCGUACAGUUCAUCAAUAUUUGGUGCUUGCGACAUAACUCCGUCUUUUGCAGCGCGUCAACCCUCACGACGAACAACUUUGGUUCAGAUUUAUGACCAAGAGCCAGCGGCAUGGGUGCCCCGCCACUAAAACCAUCUCUAGAAUUGGAAAGGCGAGCUAAUACUGAAUUUCUCUACAUGCCUAACGGAGAUUAUCAUGGGACUAGAUCUUUCUUAUUUUCGAAUUUCUACGAGGAGAUUGGUUCUAAUGGAGGGGGUUGGGUCUCUAAUGCCAGAUAUUGUUGAAUGGAGCAUUUCUCGGGGCGAACCUAUCGGCACACUCUUAUACAAGCCUU